AUGAAGGAGAGGAAGCCAAAUUUUAUACGAGAAAUACGUAUGCUUAUGUACUCACUUGGAGACGCGGCAAAUCCAAGGCUUGAUUCAGCCACUGUGAUACACGAUUAUUUAUGCCAUUAUUUAACGAAUAUUCUAAAGAAGGCCAAAAACGUAUCUAAGUCAAGGGGGAGGACCAAGACGGACGAUCUUAUGUAUACCAUAAAAAGGGACAGAAGGAAGUAUACGAGAGCAAAAGAACUAUUAGUAACAAAUGAAGAAUUAAAGAAAGCCAGGAAACCAUUUGAGUACGAUGCAAUUGAGAAGGAAUAAGCAAGUAUAAGGUAUAAGCAGUGUAUAAGGUCUAAGCAGUGUAUAAGCACAGAAGGAUCAGGGUAUACAAUAAUAAAUAUAAGCAGUGUAUAAGCAGUGUAUAA